GAAUCGUACUGGCUAACACUCUUCUACAGUAGUGAACGACAAAAAAAAAACCCGCUGGAAAUAAACCCGGAAAUAACACGAUUUUUUUCAGUCCCGAUUUCUCAUUAUAAGCGAAAUACAGAAGUGUCACAUCGCUUAUACUGUACUCCGCUUCCAGCAACCCCUUCUCAGAGAACGAUGGGUUAGCAAGGGAUGAGAUGAUUACGUGUCAUUGUAAUCAAUUACGAGGCAGAGGAUCAAAUGCUUAUAAUCCUGCCUAUUUAAAAGUCAGCUUCAGUUCAAACAAGAACACCUACCAAGCACGGUGAUCCCGUUUCUAUUGCGAGGGCUGUGGACAGCCCAUUUCCGGCCGUGAUGUCAUGAGGAAUGCGUCAUCGUGAGCCGCCUGUUGUGGUGGAGUGGUUGAUUGUUGUGGAGCCGCAGAGUGAAUGAGGGGAGUGAGGGAAGGAAUGAGGAGGGAAGAGUGGUGAUAAGCGGGCAGGCCUACGUGUGAAAACGGACCGACACUGACCGCCGCGCGAAGUCGCCUCCCGCAAGCUGUAAACGGGCAGGAUCCCCGUCCCACCAGUCCAGGUUGGCGGAUUAUCUGGAGCCGAGAGCGGGCUGAAGGAGGAGAAAGUUUGUGAGGAGGGAUCGGGGUGGUCGAGCAGGCCGCGGACACCGCAGCUUCACCCUUCCUCUCCGCUUCGGUUAUUUUUCGCAGUAGAAAGAAAAAGUAACCAAAACCCGGUUAAAUGCGGUUCGGGUCCAAAAUGAUGCCAGAAUACACAUCAUCUUGUACUGGCAUACAGAUGUUUCUCACAGUGUACCUGAGCAACAGUGACCAACAUUAUACAGAGGUACCAAUCACUCCUGAGACUACUUGUCGUGAUGUUGUUGGAUACUGCAAAGAGCCAGGAGAGACAGACUGUCAUUUGGCUGAGUGCUGGCAUGGUGGUGAACGUGCCAUAGCAGACAAUGAGCGUAUAUAUGAUAUUCUGCAGCAGUGGGGAGCGCAGAGAAAUGAAGUUUGUUUUUACUUGCGCCAUGAGCGCCCACCAAGCACAGUUCGGGAUACAGGCUGUUUGAGACUCCAAGACCCAACGUUGAAGAGAAACAGAGUGCAGGGUACUACAGAAAGACGAAUGGAAAAUGGAAUUAGUGGGCCACGCAUGGAUAUGACACUUGCUGAACUGCAGGAAAUGGCAGCACGGCAACAACAACAGAUUGAUUCCCAACAGCAACUGUUGGCUACGAAGGAGCAGCAUCUGAGAUACUUGAAGCAGCAGGACCAUCGUGACCAACAGUUAGCAGAACAGGAGAAGCUGAAAAAGCUUCGCGAGAUCGCAGAAAGUCAAGAGGCCAAAUUGAAGAAUGUACGGACACUUAAAGGACAGGUGGAACAAAAACGACUAAGCAAUGGGAGACUGGUUGAGGAGAUUGAACAGAUGAACAGUCUCUUCCAACAAAAGCAGAGAGAAUUGGUAAUUGCUAUUGCAAAGGUGGAAGAGCUAACCAGGCAACUGGAUAUGUUGAAAAGCGGAAAGAUUGAUGGUUAUCAUGACAACCAGUCUGCUGUGGCUGAGCUUGAUAGGCUGUAUAAAGAACUACAGUUGAGGAACAAAUUGAACCAGGAGCAGAAUGCGAAGCUUCAGCAUCAAAGAGAGACCCUAAACAAGCGUAACUCUGAAGUUGCGUCAAUGGACAGACGUAUUGGGGAUCUGCGUGACCGUCUGUGGAAAAAGAAGGCUGCUUUACAACAAAAAGAGAAUGUUCCAGUUUCAUCUGACAAGCAUAUUCCACAACAAGUGGUGUCUUCUGCACCCAGCCGUGUAGCUGCAGUUGGACCCUAUAUCCAGUCAUCCACCUUGCCCCGUGCCCCACAAAAACUUGAUCUCCUUGUAAAGCCAGCCUUUCCUAAUGGAUCAUCUACUCUAUCCAGUGUGCAGACACAUGCUGUUUCAGUGAAAGCACCUGUUGCUGGCAUUGUGACUCAGGCACAUUUGCAGACACCACCUCAGUCUGGUCCCGAAAGGAAUGAACCAAGUUUUGGCGUUCCUGUUCGUCAGCCUUCAGCAACUGCUUCCUUGAAUGUUAGUACUUCAAACCUGAUCAGAGGUGCAGCAGUAUCCAGUGCAGAUCAAGUUGGUGAUGGUGAUGUUGUGAUGAGAGACAAGAAUGAUAAGAGAGUGCGUUGUUUCUCUAUGUUUGAAUCCAUGGAUCCAUCAGCAGUAAUUCCAUCUUCUGGAACACUAAGGAAAAACCAGAGCAGUGAGGACCUUCUGCAGGAAAUACAGACUGGUAACAGGAAUGUGGUUAAAGUACCGCCACCUGUUCCUACCAAACCUAAACAGAUUUCCUUGCCCUUUUUUGGACCAUCUGGUUUAGCUACUGCAGCAGAGAGUAAAACUGAAUACAACUCACAAAAGUUUCCUGGUACUGCAGGUACUAUAGCCAAUAAACUUAAGCCAGCCCAAACCACAGGACCACAACAAAUGCAACAUUGUGCCUCAAAUGCACAACUUCAGCCAUCUACAGAGGCACCUCCUGCAGCUACAGUUAGGCCUUUUACCCCACAGCCAUCUAAAGAACCUCCAUCCCAGCCCCUGAGAAAACCAGAGACUGUGGCUGCCAGCUCUAUCUAUACAAUGUACACUCAGCAACAAGCACCAGGCAAAAACUUCCAGCAGGCCGUUCAGAAUGCCCUGACCAAAGCGCAAACACGGCCACAGUUCACAAGUGUAUAUGGCAAACCGGUGGUUUCUGCAUCUUCACAGAAUUAUAUAAACAAUCAGUCUCAAGCUGACCAGGAAAUCAAUACUCUGUAUUUAAAGAGUCAAGACAAACCAGAUUGCCCUGAAUCGGAGACUGAUAAUGCUACAUCUCUUGGAGACCACUCGGAGACUGAGCGCAUUCCUCGUCCGCUGAGCCCCACGAAGCUUCUUCCUUUUAUGUAUAAUCCAUAUCGAAAUCAGAGUGAUGCUGAUUUGGAGGCAUUAAGGAAAAAACUGUCCAAUGCACCUAGGCCACUGAAGAAGCGUAGCUCCAUUACUGAGCCUGAAGGACCAAAUGGACCCAAUAUUCAAAAGCUGCUCUAUCAGCGUACCACACUGGCUGCAAUGGAAACAGCUAGUCCAAUGCCUUUCUAUCAACCAAAACAACCUGCUUUUUCAUCAGCUGAAGAGAAUACCAUAACUGAAAGCAGAGAUGUCAGUGCUAAAGUGGAAGAUGAGACUACAGCAUCAACAGUAGAAAUUCCAGAUCAAACAGAACCAGGUGUCAAAAAGGAUACUGAGGUAUCAGGUGCUGAAGAACUUGUGAAAACUUCCCCAGGAAGCUCAGCUCCUUUUCUGGAAGGACAGCUCGUAGUUCCUACUCUUUUACCUGCUGUGGAAGAGCAACCGAAUCAGGAGAGCCCACUUUCACCGCAGGAAUUAGCAGAAGAAUAUCCUCCUUACCCACCACCUCCUUAUCCUGUUGCUGGUAAUCAUGACGCUGUUGGUGAUGAUAGCUAUAAUAUGCGUCCACCUGAGAUUACUGGACAUACAGUCCUGCCACCUGGAAAAAGAACAAAUCUGAAAAAGGUGGGAUCAGAGCGUAUAGGUCAUGGUAUGAGAGUAAAGUUCAAUCCUCUAGCCUUACUGCUUGAUUCUUCUCUGGAAGGUGAAUUUGAUUUAGUCCAGCGUAUCAUCUAUGAGGUGGAAGAUCCCAGCCAACCAAAUGAUGAAGGAAUAACCGCACUACAUAAUGCUGUGUGUGCAGGCCAUACAGAAAUUGUGAAGUUCUUAGUACAGUUUGGAGUAAAUGUUAAUGCAGCAGAUAGUGAUGGAUGGACUCCUUUGCAUUGUGCAGCCUCCUGUAAUAAUGUGCAAGUUUGCAAGUUCCUAGUUGAAUCUGGAGCAGCAGUGUUUGCUACAACCUACAGUGACCUACAAACUGCUGCUGAUAAAUGUGAGGAGAUGGAGGACGGUUAUGUCCAAUGCUCACAAUUUCUGUACGGUGUGCAAGAGAAGAUGGGUAUAAUGAACAGAGGCAUAGUAUAUGCACUUUGGGAUUAUGAAUCUCAAAAUGAAGAUGAAUUAUCAUUUAAGGAAGGUGACUGUAUGUCAGUGAUUCGACGAGAAGAUGAGAAUGAAAUUGAAUGGUGGUGGGCACGGUUAAAUGAAGGUGAAGGAUACGUAGCUCGCAAUUUACUUGGGCUUUAUCCAAGAAUUAAACCAAGACAGCGAAGUCUGGCAUAAAGCAGCUACCAGAAAACGUUACAGAUAAAGACUACAACCUUCGUAUAUUUUUAAGGAAGUUGUAGCAAUCCAGAUCCAACAGAAUAUUUGCAAUAAAAUAAUGAUCUCCAGACGUAAAUGAAGGAAAAUUUAAUAUACACAAAGAAUGCUUCUGUAAUGAAGUUAGAUAUUUUUGCUCAGUGUUAAUGAUCACCUAUUACAGAUGGUGAACGAAUUUUAUGUUUUUGAAAACAGAGUGUGUAUUUUGAUGGACAAUCAUACAGAUUUAGAAUAUUUUAAAGAUCCUGUAUAGAUGGAGCACAGAUGAUUUGACAAAAAAAUCUAAACUUGUUUCUCCUCCAUCAUUAUUUUUUAAAUCAAAUUUGUUGUUACUGCCUUUGUUAUUUUUGGAAUAUGCUAUCCAGGAUAGUCUUUUGCUGGCAUCAAUAAGAAAAUUAUUUCUCUUUUAAUAGAAACAGUUAGGAGAAGUUAAAAUGGGAAUCUUAGCAAAGAUUUUAAUAGUUAAAGUAGUUUCAAACUGGAUUAUAGAAAGUCAAUGCCUUAGUUUUUAGCUGUUUCUAGAGUCCAAAUAUUUUUAUCUUGAGAUAUUACUCUUCACUAUGAUAUAUUGCAAAUUCCAAAGCAUGCAGCUAAAAUUUGGAGGGUUAGUUCAAAAAAUUUAAAAUCUUAUUUUUGAUACUUUCAAUGAUGGUCUUUCAGACGCAAAACAUUAAACAAUAUUAUUUUUGUGGCUGACUUUGGCUUGUCCCUUUUAUCUCUUUCUAGUUUUGGCUACAAUAAAAUUCCUUACAUAAAAGAAGAAUUUCAUUUUUUGAUCUUAUUUCUAUAUAUUAAACAAUGAUUGCAGAGGUAAUAUUUUGUAUUCUCAAUAUCCCAAUAUAAAAUUAAAUACAGUCUUUUUCAAAGACAAAAUAAUUUAGUAUCACAGUUCUAAUCCUUUUCCAGAUUUCUAUCCGUAAAGAGAUAUAGGUUUAGUGUGGUAUAAAACAAUUAACAUUUUAUAUACUAAUAUCUUUAAGAAUUGAUUACUAGGCAUUCAUUUAGGAACAGUUAUUUUAUUAUUGAGAGUUUAAUUCAUUGCAUAGACAUGAAAACGUUAUGAUGUAAACACACAUACCACUGUGCUUUGGACAACUUUCAUUUCUCCACAGAUGUGGAUUGUUACCGGUUUAAUAAGGUUUACAAGAAAUAUAAAUUCUUGUGUGGAUAAAAACUGCAUUUUGCCCCAUCUGUACACUGUCGAACCAUCUGUUGAUAGGUGUUGACCUCCAGCCUUUAUCUAAUAGUAAAUAAUUGAGAUUCAGAAUCAAGCUUGUUGGUUGUUAUCUGGAGGUUCUGCCAUCUAUGCCCCAAAAAAAACCUGUGGGUGUUGCACUUACUAACUUUCUAAAAUGAAAUUUAUGACAAUGGGGAAGCUCUGGCUUCCAAAGCACAGCUAAAUAAGAUACAAGCAUAUAGUUGAUCAGUAUCUCAACUCCAAUUUGUCUACUUUGAGUACAAUUUUUACACAUCUAGGUUCAACUCAUUUUUGUUGAAAGAGCAUUCAAGAUCCUUUUUGUGAAGAAGUGCUUCCUGGUAUUGGUCAUAAACCAGUUUGAUGUUUAUGUCACCAGGUUCUGAUCUACAUAGGCAGAGAUUUCAUGUUAUUUACUCUAAUUUUAUAAUUGUUUCAAGCAUAUCAUCCCAUUGUAUUUUAAAUGAAGAGAGUACAAAUCCAGACCAUGCAUUUGAAUCUUGUGAUCCAGUCCUAAUUAAAUCUGGUGUCAUUCUGGUGAAUCCUGCUUUUGCUGUGUUCGCGAAAAGCGGGAUUUCCAGUGGCCAACUAUUUUAAUUCCAAUCCCUAUUCCUGUUCCAACAUGUCGGUCCAUGACCUCUCCUGCCGCAAUGAGGCCACUGUCAGGUUGGGGCAGCAACACCUCAUAUUCCAACUUGGUAGCCUCAACCUGAUGACAUGAACAUUGAUUUCUCCAACUUCUGGUAAUUUUUCUCCUUCCCUCUUUAGUUCUCCACUCUGGCCCCCUCCUCCCUUACCUUUUCUCUUCUCACUUGCCUCUCACCUCCCUCUGGUACUCCCCCCCCCCCCCACCUUGGUCCACUCUCCUCAUUUAUCAGAUUAUUUCUUCUCUAGUCCUUAAUCUUUUUCACCCAUCACCUCCUAGCUUCUUACUUCAUCCCCUCUCCCACACCCACCUAGCUUCUCCUAUCACUUUCUAGCUUGUAUUCCUUCUCCUUCCUUCACUUACUUAUUCUGGCUUCUUUGCCCUUCCUUACCAGUUCUGAUGAAGGGUCUCGGCCUGAAAUAUCAACUGUUCACAUACUUCCAUAGAUGUUGCCUGACCUGCCGCGUCCCCCCAGCAUUUUGUGUGUAUCAUUCUGGUGAAUCCUUUCAAUACGAGCAUAUGCUUUUGAGAUGCAGUUUAACUUCGUAGUAUAACCUGCAAGCCCUCUGAACUGUAAGCCUCUUUAAGAUCAAGGGUUCAGAUUCCAUUAGCUGUUUAUUUUAUAUCUGUGUCCAGCAAUAUUUCUUUAAUCAUUUAUUCAAAUAUUUAAUUCUCGUUGCCUCCCUGUUUUCUGUUAAUUGUCUUUAGCUUUAGGUGCGAGUUUGAUAAUUUGUAUUUGCAGAAACUAAUUUUCCAAGGCUAAUCAGCCCAAAUUAUAGAUAAACAGCUGUAAAAAAAAAGUGGUAUUGUUAACAUUCAACACAUCUUACAGGUCACACCUGCAGAAUAUAAAAAUAAUUCACAGCUGUAUUCUUCAUUAAUAUGAUAAUCAUUGCUGUUCGUACAGUUAAAACAAAUCGGUCCUCUAGUUCUCAAUCACAGUCUGACUAAUGAGUAAAAUAUUUUUGGUCGUCUUUGCCAGCAAUUUUCCACAAAGUAGGAAGGUAUGAGUAUUCUAUGCAGAAGGGGGACACUUAUGCUCCUUCUGGUCUUACUUUUUUUAAUUCCCUUGCCCAGAUUGAGGAAUCAUGAAUGCAUUGUAUUGCCUCCUGCGUUCAUUAAUACUUCUUCAAAAUUAAUGUGUUCAAAGGGGCUUAACGGUGCCACAAACAAAUCUAACAAAUAGAUUUGCAAGGUUUGAUACCUUUGCAGGUGGGUAUAAGCAGCGCCCUGCUAAAUUAACAAACUCUGUCCAUUUUUUAUACCUAAAAAAAACUGGCAGUGUAUGCUGAUUUCUACUCUGAAACGUAUGUAAAUGCAAGGCAUCAUUUUGAAUCUUACAAUCAGCACACAGUACCUGGAUCACUCUUAUUGUCACCCUUGGAGCACAACCUCUUUGUUGCUAAUAAUGAUUAGAUGCAAGUUAGUACUCAAUUACCAGACUUAAUUUUGUUAUUUCAUUUCUAUUUCCCACAAAGAGCAAACUGAGUUGUGGUUUCCACUUUGGCAUCAGAAUCUUUUAAAUUGGUUGAUUGGUAACACAUUUUAUUAUAUUUGGUGUUGCUUCAUGUUUUUGUACUGAAAACUAAAAAAUAAACUGGAAUACACGUUAUGAAGUUUAUCUCAAAAAUGUAUCUAGUUUGAGGAAAUUUCAGAGUUUUGAUUGGUGGAUAUUUUUUCUCACAUGCAGAAAACGUGUUGCUCACCGUUAUCCAGUACCAAAAGCUAUUAGUACACUGCCAAGUUAUCCUAAGAAUUGAUCGAGUUGUAUUUAAAAUAAUUUGAAAUUGAAAUUAAUAUUUAUUUUACAAAAUUUUAACUAUUAAUUCUAGUAUUUCAUUAUCAAAAUUAGAAAUAGAAAGGCCAGUUUGUAGUUGUGUAUUGUAAAGAGUACAGAUUUAUUUUAACUUAGUUUUGUUCUCUUAUCUGAUUUCAUUUUAUAGCAUUUAAAUAAAACGUACAGGAAAAAAUGCAUGAUUUGGAUGCAGGGCUGUGUAUUGUAAAACCUGAAUUUCAACCUUGUGGAGAGCAAAAAUAAUGACUUUGUGGUAUAUUUUGUUGUAUUGUAAAAGUGUGAAUCAUCUGGGGAAACGGAGCAAGGUGUGCCACCUUUGCUAUUUGUGAACUGACAGUUUCAAUUGACUCAUGGUAAUAAUGCUUUUAGAAUUGUUGUCUUAGAAUUUUCUGGAUGAUUUCAAAGUCCUUGCCGAAGGAGCACAACCACUUUGACAUUCUCAAACCUUGCCACAAAGCCAAAAUUUAUUGUGACAAAAAAAGAGGGUGCAAUCGAAUGCAGAGUUGAAAAUAAGUUGCUAAUAUUAUUGUAAUUUGAAAAUGCACAUUAUUGGAUACUUCAUAAACUGAUAGUUGCUGAAGCAAUUUUCUGGUGGGUGAAAGUAUUUGAGAAAUGCUGCUUUCCAUUUUGUGUAUUGCUCUCUGUAAAUCUUGUUUUUUCCACUCAAGCAAUUUUAAAAUGUAAUCUCAGCAAAGAUGGUGACCUAUUUACCCCUCCAUGCUAUACUCUGUCCAAAAGUAAAAUUUUAUUAAAUAACACAAUUUAUGAGAAAAUUGGCAUCAUAAAGCAAACAUGGAUAUGAGUAACCAUGUAUAAUUACAAUUGUUUACACUGUUGGGUAAAUGGAGAAUUUACAAGUCUUUAAUACAUGUUAGUAAAAAGUAUUUGUAUAUUCUGUAAUAUCAAAUUCUUCAAUUUUCAGACAUUUUUUCCCAUUGUUAAAAUGUCUUCUAGCAAAAUCAUGAUCAAACCCUAAGGUAUAGAUCAUGAAUAUCGCAGGAACCAUGUGUAUUUAUUUGUUACAUUGUUACAUUGUUACAUUGUUGAAAUAAGUGCUAUAGAAAUUAGCAAGACCUCAGAAAUUAGUAAUGAAAUAUUCCAGUUAUGUAUUCAAUUAUUAGUCAUUUAUUGUAUAACUUUGAUUUUCUUAUAUUAAAGCCUAUAAAUCCUAAAGUGUAGUUUUUUCUAUUCCAAUAGAUUAAAUUAAAUGUGCUGAAUAAAUUAAAUCAUGUAACCAAGAAAAAUUGUUUUCUCUGAAUUUUCAGACUGAAGCUUCUUUAAUUUAUUUGUAAUUUGUACAGUUUCUUUAUUUUAAGUACUUUUGCCAUGGAGGAAAUGAACAGGUUGGGCCAUUCUUUACGAAGUGAUAUGUAUGCAUUACCAAUCAUUUAGUUGUGUACAAACAAACAGAGGCACAAAAGCCCAGUGUCGGCAUCAAUUUUGAUAAAUGUUAUUGUGAUGACCUUAGAAUAGAAUCUGCCACUUUAACAAUACUUUAAUAAUGUGGGCUUUGAUGUAAUUCAAUAGAAAUGUGUCCUUGAUCACAUUACCUAAAUAUGGCACUCCACUGUCAAAAUAUAGUUCCAUUGACUUCAAAGUGAUUGUGGUAUUUAUCAUACUAUUACUGCAUUUUAAAACUAUGGUUUUUAAUUUUAAACAAUUUAUCCCUUCAGGGCUCUCCAAAUAAGGUAAAAGGAUAGUAACUGUGUUGGAAAUUCGUAAUAUAUUUGAAUUCUUCACCUACCGUUAUUUUCUUCUCAUUUUGAAGUGCCUUACAGUAUAAAUAAGCGUUUUAAAAGCUAAAAUUAAACUUUUCACAAUACUGUAAUGGAACUGUUUACAGUAAAGAUAUUUCUGUAAAUUUUGACUGAACAAGUAAUGUAAAACUUAAAAGUACAGUAAGUAUAUUUUAUCUUGGUAUAUUACAUAUCAAAUGUGAAGUGUUUUGGUAACUUUAUGCUCUGAGUCACGGUAAAGUACAGCACAUAAGCAGGCCCUUUGGCCCAUCUAGUCCAUGCAGAACCAUUUAAACUGCCUACUCCCAUCGACCUGUACUGGGACCAUAGCCCUCCAUUCCCCUUACAUCCAUGUACCUACACAAACUUUGCUUAAAUAUUGAAAUCGAGCUCACAAGCACUACUUGUACUGACAGCUCGUUCCACACUCCCAUGACCUUCUGAGUGAAAACGUUUCCCCUCAUCUUCCCCUUAAACUUCUCACCCAUGACCUUAGUUGGAGUCCUACCCAACCUCAGUGGAGAAAGCCUGCUUCCAUUUACCCUAUCGAUACCCCUCAUAAUUUUGUAUUCCUCCGUCAAAGCUCUUCUCAGGAAUAAGGAAUAAAGUCCUAACCUGUUCAAUCUUUCCUUAUAACUCAGGUCCUCAGGACCCAGCAACAUCCUUGUAAAUUCCUCUGUACUCUUUCAACCUUAUUUACAUCUUUCCUAUAGGUCUGUGAGCCAAACUGCACACAUGCCUUCACCAACGUCUUAAUACAACUUCAACAUAACGUUCAUCACCUUCACUCAGUACUUUGACUUGUGAAGGCCAGUGUGCCAAAAGCUUUCUUUACAACCCUAUCUAUCUGUGACACCACUUCCAAUGAAUUUUUUACCUCUGUUCCCAUAUCCCUUUGCUCCACCACACUCCUCAGUGCCCUAACGUUCAUGGUGUAAGACCUACCCUGGUUGGUCCUAACAAAGUGCAACACUAAGCACUUGUCUGCAUUAAAUUUCAAAUCUCCUCUCAAUGUUCUAUGUUCCAAGUCCUAAACUAUUCAAUCUUAAUUUAUACUCAGGUCCUGCAGACCUGCAACAUCCUUGUAAAUUUUCUCUGUAUUCUUUAACAUUAGUUGCAUCCUGGAAGACUCCACAAACAAGGUCAUAUCGAUUAGGAAUGGAAAAAGUGUAACUUUGCAGUGGGUGUAUUGUUAACCUCCAAACCAGCAACAUGAUGUUGAAUGACAGGUAUUAGGGGGAGAUAAAAACAGGUUCAUAGAACCAGCUAUUGCCUACCAGCUUCAGCCUAUCUCCCUUCACUCUGCUAUAUACUGGCAAUCUUUCCUGUGCCCUCUUGACCCAGAAUGUUGACUUGCACCUUUUGACUAGAUGUAGCUUGACCUGCUGAGUUCUUUCAGCAUUCUGAUUUGCAUUCUGUUUUUCAUUCUAGAUUUCAGCAUCUGCGAUCUUUUUAGUCUUCAGAGCCAGUACCUCAAUGCCUACUGUUUUUGAUGUGAGUCUUCAUUUAUAUCAAGGCAGCCAGCAGCUCAUCAAAAGUGCAGUUUGUGGUGUCUUGCUGUGAACUAACUAAUGAUGCAAGCUGCAGCUGAGUACUUGCAGAUGUGUACAUGCAGCAGGUACCCAGGCAAUUUGCCUCUUAAACUGCAUUUGAAGCUUGGCUUGCUAUUCAAGGAAAGAGCUCAUGGAAAUGGAGGUAAUCUUUUACAAUGGGCAUUUCAUUGAAUUACUCAGAAAAGAGACUUUAUAGGUCAUUUUUAGUUGGUAAACAGUAACUAGCCACUUGGUACAAAAAUUUAUUUCCAUUAAUGAUUAAUUGGAGCAGUAUGUAUUGUGGAUAAGUAUGCUGGUAAAAUGGGUACAAGGCUAAGUCUUUGAAAGGACAUGGAGAUUAAACUUGAAAGGAAAAAUAAUAGCAGAAGUGUGGUGUGAUGUGAUAUGAUUUUUCUUAGGUAGAGUAGAAAAGCAGAUUAUUGUUUAAAAAAUUAACACCUUACAAAAUGCUCUUGUAUAGUGCUGUCUUUCAU